AAAAAACAAGUUUCUGAAACUCUUUUGUUGAAUAAAUGUCGUCUUCUUCUUCUUCUUCUUCAUUUUUCUUAUCCUCUUUAACAGACCCUUAGCUUUUUAUCAAUAACACCACCGACUCCAGCUUAGCUCUCUUUGGUCUUAUUUCUAUAAGCAUCCAUUAUGGUUAGUUCUAUAAGUUGUGAUCAUGUAAAUGGGCUUUGAAGGAUCUUUUCUGGAGCAAAAAAAUAAUCUUUUUGUUGGUGUUGGAGUUCAUUUCAUGGCUUACUCUAACAAAAGCAACGACCCCUUACAAAGUAACAACAGUCAAAUUUCUUUCAGCCACCACCAUCAGCUUUUUCAUAGUUCUCAGCAGCAACUUGAUCAUCAAAUGGAAAAUAAUCAGAUGUCUUUUGGACUAUUACAGCAGUCAACUUCUUCAUCAUCUGCUAAUCCUGAAAACUUCAUAAGCAAAGAGAAUAGUGGAGCUUAUGAUUUAGGUGAACUAGAUGAUCAAGCACUAUUUCUUUAUCUUGAUGGACAAGAGCCUUCUUCAAUAAAAGAUCAAAAACUGAAUUCUGGGAUGAGGCCACCAACUCUCAACAUUUUUCCAUCACAGCCAAUGCAUAUCGAGCCAUCUUCGACUAAGGGAAAUAAUGGAUUAGUUUCAAGUGGUUCCAAGAAAUCAUCUCAGCCGUCCAUGGCCAAAACUGAUGUUCCUACUGCUGCAUCUGGACCUGAACCACCCAAAACUGCUAAUAAGCGAGAAGGAAAUCGUAAGGGCCCAACUUCAUGUUCAGAGCAAGAUGCACCAAAAACACCAGAUCCCAAGACAUUAAGGCGACUUGCUCAGAAUAGAGAGGCAGCGAGGAAAAGCAGACUUAGGAAGAAGGCUUAUGUUCAACAACUAGAGUCAAGUAGAAUAAGGCUCGCUCAAUUAGAACAAGAAAUACAAAGGGCCAGAUCUCAAGGAUUUCAUGUUGGGGGAAAUGCUCUUCUAGGAGGAGACCAAGGCUUUCAACUUAAUAUGGCCAAUAUCAGCUCAGAUGCUGCAGUUUUCGACUUGGAGUACGCAAGAUGGCUGGAGGAACACCAUCGACUCAUGUGUGAGCUUCGAAAUGCAGUACAUGAUCAGGAGCAUUUGCCGGAGGACCAACUUGGUAUUUAUGUCGAAAAUUGUGUGACACAUUAUGACGAGAUGAUGAACCUCAAGGGCAUGCUUGCAAAAACUGAUGUGUUUCAUCUGGUUUCUGGCUUGUAUAAGUCUCCAGCUGAGCGUUGUUUCUUGUGGAUCGGAGAUUUCCGCCCAUCCGAACUUCUCAGAAUUAUACUCAAUCAGAUUGAGCCAUUAACAGAAAACCAAGUAUUAGGAAUAUGUGGGCUACAACAAUCAACACAAGAAGCUGAGGAUGCUCUAUCGCAAGGAUUGGAAGCUUUGAAUCAGUCUCUCUCAGACACAAUUGCCUCUGAUGCAUUAUUGGCUAAUUGUCCUCAAAAUAUGGGAAACUACAUGGGACAAAUGGCUCUUGCCAUCAACAAACUUUCCACAGUUGAAGCCUUCCUUAGACAGGCCGAAAAUUUGAGGCACCAAAUGAUUCAUCGGCUUCACCAAAUCUUAACUACUCAUCAAGCCGCAAGGUGUUUUCUAGCAAUCGGCGAGUAUUUCCAUCGGCUUCGAGCUCUCAGCUCGCUGUGGCUGGCGCGUCCUCGACAGGAAUAAUAAAAAACUUUUACUUAAUUAAUUAGCUAGUUAAUUAACCUUUUAUAGUCUUAAUUACUUCACCUAUGUUUUCUUUGUUUCACACUAACCUAAUUAUGUUUUUGAUAGUGAGAUGAAAUAUAGUAGAAAUCUUUCUCCUUUUGA